AGGGAAGCCCGGCGCAUUCAGCGCGAGCGGCAGCGCGAGAGACACACACACGCACACAGAGCCAUGGAGCGGCCCGCGUAGAGAGAGCUCCGCGCGCGCACCAGGACUUAACACACACGCACACACACCACUCUCACACUCACAGAGAGAGAGUGUGUUUAUGGGAUUUAUAAACUGAUCCGCGCGCGAUGAGGCAGCCCCCAAGUGAUGUCGAGCGAGUGGCUGUGGGCGGUGCGCCCCUGCCCUCCAUAUCCACCUUCAGCAGUGGCGGCAGUGCACACACAAGAUGGAAGGACGAGAUGUCCCAUCUGAAGCACCCGUGCCUCCAGCUCAGCACCUCUGACCUGCUGCCCGUCAUGACCAAGAAAGAGCCGGAGGAGCUAGACCUGCUGGAUUACGACUUCAUUCUAUCCAACAGCAUGCUCCAACAACAGCAGCAGCAGCAGCAACAGCAACAACAACAACAGAGCCACACCCCUCAGAACCAGCAGGACGAGGACGUGAGCAUGAUCAGCCGUGCUCAGCCCACCUCCCCCGGCUCCUACCCACCCUAUCAGGGGGAGGCGCUGUACCCCAUCCCGGACCUAAACGACGUGUCCCCAUCUGGUGGUUUCGUGGCCGAGCUCAUGCGGCCCGAGCUGGACCCGGCUUACCUGCAGCCGCCCACCAGCCUCCAAGGCAAGUUUGUGGUCAAGACCACCAUGCAUAUGGACUACAGCCAGGGGGCGACAGUGAGCAAAGCUGGCGCCUCCUCCUCGGACCCUUCCGUGUUGUUCGCGUGCCACAGGAUAAAGCAGGAGUGCCCCAGCAAGUGCGCUGUGGGCCGGCCAAUGGACCCUUGCAGCUUUGGGCACGGCCCGCCUUCCUCUUCCUCCUCGCUCUCCAGUCCGGACGAGCACCACGCCCCCUCUCAGACACUGGGACACCCGCUGGGGUUCCUCCCCACCCAGAGUUACUCUGCCUUCCAUCCUCAGCCCCCUCCACCCUCCAUGCAGUACCAAGAGAUGAUGCCCCCGGCCGAGUGUCUCCCGGAGGAGCCGAAGCCUAAGCGGGGCCGGCGCUCGUGGCCAAGGAAGCGGAUAGCCACGCACACGUGCGACUACGUGGGCUGUGGGAAAACGUACACAAAGAGCUCCCACCUAAAGGCUCAUCACCGAACACACACAGGAGAGAAGCCGUAUCACUGUGACUGGGAGGGCUGUGGUUGGAAGUUCGCUCGCUCAGAUGAGCUCACGCGCCACUACAGGAAGCACACAGGACAUCGCCCCUUCCAGUGUCAGAAAUGUGACCGGGCCUUCUCCCGCUCUGACCACCUCGCCCUGCACAUGAAGCGCCACCUAUAGCCCGCGCCCCGGAACCGGAGCGGGAGGAGGAGGAGGGGCAGAGACAAUACGGGACGUUUCUAUCCCAAAACCACGCGUUGCCUUCGUGAGAAAGUCAACAAAAGGAAGCUAAAGCUCCACGACGAGCCGUGUCGUCCACGGCAAAGCGACUCUUUUGUCUUGUUAAAGUCAUUUAUUUGUGUGUCGCCAUCAUCAUCGUUACCGUCUUCCAACACAACAUGACGAUGCGGAGCGACCCCGCCUGCGUCCGACCGAUCUGGGAGAGUUACUGGAAGUUACCGAGGAACCCGAUCAGACUGGAAAUCUAUAAAUAUAUCAGGGAUAUCUGUGGGAUCAAUACGAGAAGCGUUUCAGCCGAACAAAAUCAAUCAAUCAAUCAAUAAAUAAAUAACUAAAUAAAAAUGAGGCCUUUGACUCGAACG